AUUUAAACAAGAACAGUCGGUGGUGCUUUUGCGAAGCGCUUCGAAUUAAUAAGGAAUAAUACGUUUAAAUUCUUGCUUACCCAUAAUUGUGAACUGAAAAUCAUAUAAUAAUAGAAAGAAAUAAAUAUUUAUUUUUGAAAUAAAUUAAGAAAAAACUACUUGCCACACACAAUGACCGUGCUCGAAGAAAAAUUCCUAAAAUCAAAUAAGAAAAUAAAAGAGUUCAUCGACUCGAAGGCAAUUAAGGAAAUUUCGAAAGAGAUCAAAGAAAUAACAAGUCAUAUGAAAAUCGAAUGGGCUCCAAUAAAUAUUCCACCUCGUCGUCGGAUACAAACGUUGGCGGCGGGUAUUUAUGUUUACGUUUUUAUGUUUUUGCCAUUCGUCUCGAUGCUAUUGGCGGCGCUAUUUGUGCUCUAUUUGAACUAUGUUGGACGAGUUUUGAUGUUGAUCUACUUGACGUAUAUUUAUUUUGAUCAUAAAAACCGGGCAUCGGCAUUAGAUGGUAUUGGAUGGAAAUCUAUGCGUAACAAUUUCAUGACCGACCACUUGCGCGAUUAUUUCCCCGUUGAAUUAGUUAAAACCGCUGAAUUGACACCAGAUCGCAAUUAUUUGGUUGUCAGUUUCCCACAUGGAAUUUUUGGCACUGGCAUUGGCAACAAUAUGGGUAAUAACAUCGGCAAAUGGAUGAAAUUGUUUCCCGGUAUUAGGCCAAAAAUUGCCACCUUGGAUAUACAUUUCCGUAUACCAUUUAUGCGUGAGAUAUUGAGAGUUUGGGGUCUAGUAUCCUGUUCCAAACAAUCUCUUAUGUAUUACCUAAAGAAAUCCAAUGAUCCCAAGCAUCCUGAUAAUCGUGAUGGAUUUACAUCAAAUGCCGUGGGCUUAUUGGUGGGUGGCGCUGAAGAGUCAUUGGAAUCGCAUCCAGGUCGUUAUGUUUUGGUAUUGAAAAAUCGCAAGGGAUUUGUUAAGAUUGCCAUACGCACAGGAUCUCCCAUUGUCCCCUCAUUCUCCUUCGGUGAAGUUGAUAUUUACGAUCAAGUGGAUAAUCCUCCCGAUUCUAUGCUGCGUAAAUUCCAAUCUUUUGUCAAACAUUGGACAGGCGUCAGUCCGUUAAUUGUUUUGGGUCGUGGUUUCUUCCAGUAUACCUUCGGCUUUUUGCCACAUCGUCGACAAAUUGUCCAAGUUAUGGGUGCACCCAUUGAUGUUAAACAAAUGGAUGAACCCGACAUGGAAUAUGUCAAUGAAAUCCAUCAAAAAGUCAUCGAUAGUCUGAAUGAAAUGUUUGAGAAAUACAAACAUAAAUAUAUUAAAAAUGCCGAGAAGACUAAAUUAGUGAUAAGAUAAAGCACAAUAUUAAAAAAAAAAUAAUUAUUUAGCUUAUGUUAAGUUAGUGUUGUUGUUAUAUUAACAAAAAUCCUAAUCAAUUAUGUAAAAAAAUAUUCUAAGCACUAAGUCACAAAUUGUAAAUAUAAAUAGUAUUUAAAAACAAAUUAAAAAGUAUCAGUCG